AUGGAGGGCGAUGAGGUUAUUGGCGCACCAAAGCAUCCUGAUUGGCUGCAAAUGGUGCGCAUCAAGGAAGGGGAGGUUCCCUGCAUGAUCGCCUACGUUUCGACUAGGUUAUCCCGCUAUCGUCCCGCUAUGCGUCGCGACAUCGUCGACCAUCGCGACAUCCUUGUCCUCUCCCUCUUCAGCGGGGCCAUCGAGCACCUCGCUGCUCGUGUGCAUUCUCUGCCACCUUUCAUCUACAUGGCCGGUGACUUCAACUGCGUGUCGACGACUUGGGAUGACUAUGAGCAUGGCGAGUCGUCGACAGCGAUAUCCUUGCGGGACACCGCAUCUCAGAUCGGCCUCGAGUGGGCGCGACCUUCCAACCAUGGACCGACGAGGAUCAGUCCUAAUCCAAACCAGAGAUCCAACGUAUUGGAGCACGAGCUCCAGGGUCCGUCAGAUCAUGUCCCGAUCUGCACAGAUCUUGAUAUCGGUCCCGAACUGCCCGGAUCUGGGCGACGGACAAUUAAACCUGGAAGCGAGGCUGAGAAGUCUUUCAUUUCAGAUAUUCUCCGGGAUCUUGCGGCUAUUCCUGUCGCAGCCCCGGCAACCAAGGAAGGCGUUGAAGCUUUAGCUGAUGCUAUUGCGACCGCGUUCUCGGACGCAUGGCUUGCCCAUUCGACCGAGUCCAAACCUACCAAGCACUCCAAGUCCUGGUGGACAGAAGAGUGCUCGGAGACAUUCGGAGAGUCGCUAUCGGUUAUCGUUCCAAAGCCGAACAAGCCCUCCUAUUCUGUGCCGAAGGCCUUCAGGCCGAUCGUACUCCUCAUCACUUUUGGUAAACUUAUCAAAAAGAUGAUUGCCAACAGGAUACAGUUUGACGCUGUCAAGCAUGAUAUCUUCCAUCCCAACCAACUUGGCGGUAUCUGCCAGAGGUCCACCGAGGAUGCUGGAUUGAUUCUGACUCAUCUCGUGCGAGCGGGGUGGGUUAAGGGUCUCCAGACUAGCCCGCUGGCUUUUGACAUCACACAGUUCUUCCCUUCUAUCAACCAUGAAAUGUUCAUGGCUGUACUUCGCAAGCAAGGGUUCUCGCCGGUUCUGGUGGAGUUCUUUGCCUCUUAUCUCAUUGGUCGUUCCACAGUUUACUGCUGGAAGACCUUCCAAUCCGACUCGCGGUCUGCGGACGUGGGUGUCAGGCAGGGCUCAGCUCUCUUGCCUGUUAUCUCUGGGCUGUUCAUUGCGCCGGUAAUGAAGCUCUUCUACAUCAAGGCGGCACCACUCAAUACGACACUGCUUUCCUUUGUGGAUGAUGGGACCAUUCUGGCCCAAUCCAAACAACUUGAUGAUAAUAAUGUGGGCCUGCAUAAGGCCUACAAGAUUAUCUACCUUCUCUUUGUUGCCUUCACGCUUGUUCUUGAACACGACAAGACCAAGCUGUUUCACUUUUCGCGUCGACGAGAUGCCUAUAAUCCCUCGCUGGAUUUGGGGUACGCCCCACAUACCGGCGCUACACCUUUGAAGCCCAAGACCUAUUGGAGGUACUUGGGCUUCUACUUUGACCGCGGGCUCACGUUUCAUGAGCACGUUCGCUACUACACCACCAAGGCGUUUACCACCGUGCAGGCCAUGCGCAUGCUCGGGAACUCUACUAGAGGUCUCUCGCCUAAACAGCGCCGCCUCCUAUAUCGGUCGUGCGUGGUCCCCAUUGCCACAUACGGCUAUCGUCUCUGGUAUUUUGAUGGCGCCCGUAAUAAGGGCGCGAUGAACCAAUUGAAACGGAUGCAGCGAAAAGCUGCUCUAUGGAUCACGGGUGCUUUCUGCACCUCCCCCACGGGCGGUCUUGAGGCUCUAGCGGGCCUCAUUCCUGUCCACCUCAUGCUGAAGAAGCUGGCAACGCAUGCAGUGUAUCGCGUAGCCACCCUCUCAGACACCCACCCUCUUCGCUCUGUGAUGGGCGAGGGACUCCUCAAGCGAGCCGCACCACAUGCUCGCUCAGCCGCCUUGAUGACCCCAGCUAUGCGAGGGAAAGUCAAGAGCACUGUCAUGGAAGUGGACGAGCGCGUUCACACCUUAACUGAGAGCUUCGAGCCUUUUGCGCCCGAAGCUCGCCCAGGUGAUCGGUUACUGGACCACUAUGCGGACCGUCUCCAUUUUGACGAGCGUGAUCCUGGCCAGGAUAGGCGUCCAUAUCUAGACGAGCUCAUCGCGAGAGCGAGGGCUGACCCACUAACAGUACUGGCUGCAACUGAUGGCUCUGUCCCUCAGUCCAACCAGUAUCAGGCGGCUUCGGCUGCCAUCAUCUACAAGGGCCAUCGUGAGCUCGAGAGGACUCGCUAUGUCUCUGGCAGAGUCACCGCCCCAGAUGCGGAACUCAAUGCCAUCUCGUGCGCAGUGCGCCUUGCUGUCAAGCAGGCAAACUGCCAACAUAUUAUGGUCUUCACUGACUCUAUGGGCUCAGCCCAUAGAGCGGUUGACCCCGGCGUGCAUUCUGGUCAGGCUUUUAGCCUGUCAGUAUGUCGCGCUCUUCAAGAGUGGUUUGAGGCGGAUGACCUCCGUCGCAUUACCUUCGUUUACGUCCCUUCCGUCUGCGGUGGGAUAUCCAUGGUGAAGCACACAAACGCGCUACGCUCUCGAGCGGCGCACUCAGUCCUGGACUCGUGGAGUUCCACUUUCCAGGAUCCAACCUACCGAGGCUCUGAAUUUUUAGAGCUUCAACAGCCGGACGGGCGGCCGCUACAACCAUCGUACCUCAAUGGGGGACCUUGGCUCUCAACAUUCGGACACAGUAUUACUGAGUUCGCCCGCGUUUGCCGGUGUAUAACUGGCCAUGCGCCCAUUGGAGCGUAUUAUCGUCGCUUCAAGAUCAAUGAGCCUCACGGCUGCACUUGCGGGGCUGCUUUGCAGUCCCGCCAGCACAUUCGCUCUUAUACUGUAUUCCCCGUCUUGGGAUAUUGCAUCGUUUAUGAAGUACAACCCUACAGCGUUUGGCUUCAACCGGGACCCCUCGGGUGUCGGAUAAUCGUUGUGGGCGGGGUUGUUCCUCCUUUUGGGGGAUUUAUGUUGAGCCGUUCGCUUGCUGAUUACAACAAGUUUAAGAAGGCGUGUAAGGACGCCAAGCGUGAUUUCUUUGAUGAACGCAUUGCAGAAAUUGCUACGUCUCGCAAGCGCCCAUGGGACCUGAUGGAAUGGGUCAAACAGCGCAAGCUACCACCCUGUGAGGCUAUUCGCAAUGGCGACCAGCCUUGUCAUGAUAUGGACGACCUCUGGGACGCCCUGCACGGCACAUACAACUUGGCCUCUGGUCGCGAGUACGAUGCCUCAGUCUUAGACGAGCUUCCCGACGAGCCGGUCCGUGAGUGGGCUGACUUCUCGGAGCAUGAGUUGUUGAGUGCCCUUAAGGGGUGCUCCAACUCCUCUGCACCAGGACCGGACCAUGUUACGUGGGUCCACCUAAAGGAGUUGCUCAAGGAUAAACACGUCCUUGCGCUCUUCAUCGUGCUGGCUAACGCUUGCCUUCGGGUGGGUCAUUGGCCACGUAUAUUCAAGGAGUCGCUAUCGGUUAUCGUUCCGAAGCCGAACAAGCCCUCCUAUGCUGUGCCAAAGGCUUUCCGGCCGAUCGUACUCCUCAUCACUUUCGGUAAACUUAUCGAAAAGAUGAUUGCCAACAGGAUACAGUUUGACGCAGUCAAGCAUGAUAUCUUCCAUCCCAACCAGCUAGGCGGUAUUCGCCAGAGGUCAACUGAGGAUGCUGGAUUGAUUCUGACUCAUCUCGUGCGAGCGGGGUGGGUUAAGGGUCUCCAGACUAGUGCGCUGGCUUUUGACAUCGCGCAGUUCUUCCCCUCCAUCAACCAUGAAAUGUUCAUGGCUGUUCUUCGCAAGCAAGGGUUUUCGCCGGUCUUGGUGGAAUUCUUUGCCUCCUACCUUGUAGGCCGUUCCACAGUUUACUGUUGGAACACCUUCCAAUCCGACUCACGGUCUGCGGACGUGGGUGUCGGGCAGGGCUCAGCUCUCUUGCCUGUUAUCUCUGGGCUGUUCAUUGCUCCGGUAAUGAAGCUCUUCUACAUCAAGGCGGCGCCGCUCAACAUGACGCUGCUCUCCUUCGUGGAUGAUGGGACCAUUCUGGCCCAAUCCAAACAACUUGAUGAUAAUAAUGUGGGCCUGCGUAAGGCCUACAAAAUUAUCUACCUACUCUUUGUUGCUUUCGCGCUCGUUCUUGAACACGACAAGACCGAGCUGUUCCACUUUUCACAUACUGGCACUACACCUUUGAAGCCCAAGACCUAUUGGAGGUACUUGGGCUUCUACUUUGACCGCGGGCUUACAUUUCAGGAGCACAUUCGCUACUAUGCCACCAAGGCGUUCACCACCGUGCAAGCCAUGCGCAUGCUUGGGAACUCUACUAGAGGUCUCUCGCCUAAACAGCGCCGCCUCCUAUAUCGGUCGUGCGUGGUCCCCAUUGCCACAUACGGCUAUCGUCUCUGCGAAAAGCUGCUCUAUGGAUCACUGGGUGCUUUCCGCACCUCACCUACAGGCGGUCUUGAGGCUCUAGCGGGCCUCAUCCCUGUCCAUCUUAUGCUGAAGAAGUUGGCAACGCGUGCAGUGUAUCGUGUCGCCACCCUCUCGGACACCCACCCUCUUCGCUCCAUGUUGGGCGAGGGACUCCUCAAGCAAGCAGCACCACAUGCUCACUCUGUUGCCUUGAUGACCCCAGCGAUGCGAGGGAAAGUGCUAUGCGGUGGGAUAUCCAUGGUGAAGCACACAAACGCGCUUCGCUCUCGAGCUGCGCACUCAGUCCUGGAUUCGUGGAGUUCCACUUUCCAGGAUCCAACCUACCGAGGCUCCGAAUUCUUAGAGCUUCAACAGCCUGACGGGCGGCCGCUACAACCAUCGUACCUCAAUGGGGGACCUUGGCUCUCAACCUUCGGACACAGUAUUACUGAGUUCGCUCGCGUUUGCCGGUGCAUAACUGGCCACGCGCCCAUUGGAGCGUAUUACCGUCGCUUCAAGAUCAACGAGCCUCACGGCUGCACUUGCGGGGCUGCUUUGCAGUCCCGCCAGCAUAUCCUCUUUCGCUGUCGCGACAGAUAUUCUGUACACUAUCCCUGUUUUCUCGGGGAUAUUGCAUCGUUUAUGAAGUACAACCCUACGGCGUUUGGCUUCAACCGGGACCCGUCGGGUGUCGGAUAA